AUGGCGACGGCCGCCAGCUUGGACUUUGCAACGCGAACUGGUGCCUCAGUCAGCGUUGUCCAUUGACCGUCAAAUUUGGAGCGUACGUCCCUUGUAGCUCUAUCAAGUGAAUUCCAUAUAUACCACAGUACCCCGGUAUGCAAAACUAUUUCUCCCUUUAAUGAGCCUGUGAGCAAGCUCUGCCGGGAGCUCUGGCGGCGGGGAGCCACAGGGGAAUUGGAGGUGGAAUUUAAAUUUCAGAGACGUAGUUGCAAGCUCUCCUUCCUUUUCCCGCCCGCUGCCAGAGCACCCCGGAGAGCUUGCUCGCAGGCUAUCCCUAACUCUGUGUUCUUCCAUUUUACAUCAAGUAAUAAACCCCUACGCUUAGAUUCAACAAAAGUAAAAAAAAAAAAUGCUGAUCAGUCUGAUUGGUGGAUUGGACUUAACAAUUGUAGAAAUUUGCGGUCGAACCUCUUGCGAUAAAUCAUGUAAGAACUCAAUGGAGUGAAACGAUUAUUGUUUGUUUUGCUUUUGUAGCAGCAUGUUAUACUUUCCAGCUAUUCUGAUGCCAAUGCAGUCAGCGGUGAUCACCCAAAUUGGCAGGCGUACCUGAUCCGCCUAACAUACUUUGCAUGGCUUUGGACCCAGUCCACUCACUGGCGAGCUACCUGUCGCUAUGAUACCGACGGAGUUGUGUUGACAGAUUACAUGCGAACAUCCCUGGCAGACUGCAACAUACUGACAUUGCCGACAGGGGUCGAUGGAGCGUGCUACCUGUUCGAAUUUAUAAACAUCCGUGGACACGAGUGUGUUAACUGUACAGUGCCUCUUUGGAAUAUAAAAGGCACUUACCCUUUGCACACAGAUACGUCUUUCCACCGUUGCGAAUUCAAUGGCACAGAAGGUGUGAUUGACUUCGAAGAUAAUUUUGGUUUUUAUAGGGCUAUAAACCCGUCUCAUCGCUGUUCCUCGGGCCCCAGCUCCACCACCCAGUUCUGGCUAGGGGGCAAGUGA